AUGCUCUUGGCAGCAAGGGCACUGAGCAGGCGCCUCCCACGGCAUGCAUCUACCGCCUACCACUUUCCAAACGCUGUGGCUCGAAACCACAAAUCUCUAACCUCGCAUAGAUAUCAAUUGCGACCGCUUUCUUCGACCGCUGUCGUAUGGACGAGGAGGCCUUCCGCGAUCGCCCAGAGGUUGCCUGAUCCAGAACGUGAACCGCAGCGACUCAGGGACUUUGACCUCGAAGGAAAGAUAUUUGUAGUCACUGGCGGAGGCAGAGGUCUUGGCCUCACCCUUGCAGAAGUGCUUGUUGAAGCUGGCGGGAAGGUAUACUGCCUUGAUAGGCUGUCCGAACCAGUGCAGGAAUUCUAUGAUGCGCAGAAGCGUUCGGCAGAGGUCUACGGCGGACGCUUGACCUACGACCAAGUCGACGUUCGUGAUCCGAACAACCUUGACCAGGUCAUUUCGCGGAUUGCGGAUGAGAAUCAGGGGCUGCAUGGCUUGAUAGCUGCCGCUGGCGUGCAGAAGGUUAUGCCAGCACUCGAGUAUCCUCCAGAAGCUGUCAACGAAAUGAUGGAGAUCAACUACAGAGGAGUCUAUUUGUCUGCUGUCAGCUGCGCGAAGCAGAUGAUCAAGUACAAGACACCGGGCGCCCUCUGCCUUAUUGCCUCGAUGAGCGGACUCAUUGCGAACAAAGGCUUCACUUCGUCGGUUUACAAUUCAUCGAAAGCCGCAGUGUGUCAAUUGACGAGGAGUCUCGCAAUGGAAUGGGGCAAGAUCGUUGAUGGGAAGCCCAUUCGGGUCAAUGCGCUGUGUCCCGGUAAUAUUAUGACGCCCAUGGUGAGGAAGAACUUCGAAGAUGACCCAGGGCUCCGGGAGAUAUGGGAGCGUGAGAACAUGCUCGGGCGCUUGUCUGAGCCAUCAGAAUUCCGAGGCGCAGCGCUUUUCCUACUAAGUGAUGCCUCAAGCUUCAUGACAGGAUCUCAGCUCAUCAUUGAUGGCGGCUAUACAGCGUGGUAG